UUGCUGGCCAUCUGGAUAACUGGACACCUUAAAUGAAACCAGUUACCCAAAUUAUAAUUGUUUCUACUUAGCGGCAAAGUUUCUAAGGAGCAGAUUUUUUAAAAAGUGUUAAAAUUUACUUGGCAAUAUAAUAUGAAAUAGUUUUAUUUUCGUUAUUGAUUUUAAAAGGUGAGAAUAUAUGUGUAAAUCAUCGAUUGGAUCUAUUAACUGUGUUUGAUCAUCUAUUAUACCUGAAAAGUCAGGAGACAAAACCAAACAGACGGGAUAGGCAGUGUAAUUAAAGUUACUGACUCAGUAUUUACUUUUCAUCAUCAAAUUGGAAGAAAGUCUAACAAUUAUCAGAGGCUUUUAAUACUUCUAAAUAGAAAAACUUUUAUUUCGAAAUUAAAUGAUAUUGUAUAAGUGAAGGAUACACAUCGACAUAAUAUGAGCACCGAAAGUAAAAAAAUGUCUACAUCCAACACUGAACAAUUACAUAAUAUUGGUGAUCUUUGGAAUGACUUUAGUCAGAAUACUGGAUUCCACGGAGUCAAUAAACUGUCAAGAAUAACAAGCAGACACAAAAUAAGAUUGUUAUUGUGGACCUGUUUUAUUUUAUCAUGUGGUAUAUACCUCAUAGUAACCGUGGUAGAGGAGAUAAAUAAUUACUAUAGAUAUCCCACAACAAUGACUCAGUAUACUCAACCAGAAAAUGAAAUAGAGUUUCCAUCAAUAACAGUUUGCAAUCUAAACUCACUAAAUAAAAGUGCAAUAAAAAAUUAUUCAAGUAUAGAUGAUUAUUACUUUAACAUUAGUCCCUUUCGUGGUUUCUCAAAUUUGACGGUAAACUGGAGCGAUCCGAUUUAUGAACAAGAAGGAUUUUACCUUAAUCGAACAUUAGAAGAUGUUAUGACAGAUGAAAAAAACAUUCUUGAUCCUGGUGGAUUUUUGGUUUAUGCAACUUUUCAUUUGAGUUAUUUAGAUGUAAGGAAAUACUUCAAAGUUAAAUUUAUUAACAAUGGACUAUGUUUGACAUCAAAUCCAGAUAUGAAAAUAAAAACAAAUCACGUAGGAUCAGUCUUUCAUUUGACUUUGAUGCUUAAUUUGGACAGUGCAAAUAACUACUACGGCAGCUCUUAUGGAGAAGGAAUUCAGUUCCUUGUUCAUGAUUCGAAAGAAGACCCUAUUUUCGAAGGAAACAGUGGAUUUUAUGUUGAGCCAGGAAGAGAAGUGUUUGCUUCAGUGCAUAAAACUCGGUUUGAAUAUUUGCCAAGUCCCUAUGAAGCAAUAGGAAAUGAGUAUUGCAGAGAUCACAUGAACGACGACGGUUCUCAGUACUAUAGAAGUUCUUGUUACAAGGAUUGUUCCUCAACUUUUCUUUUAGACAGAUGUAAUUGUCUCCCUUACACACACAACAGUACAUACUACUGCUCCAAGUUUCAAGUGGCUAACUGUAUUUUGAAAGCAAUAGGAGACUACUACAACCAAACAAAGGAAGUUGAUACGUGUGAUUGUCCAUUGCCGUGUUCAUCCACACAUUAUGACGUGUCAUUGACAUCAUCACUUUUUCCAUCCGAUUUCUAUAGUAAGAAGAUCUUUGAUCUCAACAGAGACAAACAUUUAGACUAUUACAGACAAAACUACAUCGUCCUCCAUAUUUAUUUUGACCAGCUUUCUACAACAAUUUCACAACAGAUUCCAAAAUAUUCUUCUGCUGGAGAUAUAUUCGCUAACCUUGGUGGGCAAAUGGGAUUGUUUCUUGGUGCAAGUAUUGUAACCCUCAUAGAACUAUGCGAGUUCCUGAUAUAUGCCUUCUGGACUUUCCUAAGCAACCUAAGAAACAGAGGAACCAGAGUGCAAAAAGUAGCUUUUAAAUAAAAAUGAUUCAAGAUGAACACCCGAAACUUUCCCAUGGAGUCUCCUGUAUGACACUUGACAAAUAAGUGUCGAAGGCAUUUAAGUUUAAACAGAUAUUCAACGAAAG